UGUGUGUUGUUUCUGCUGUGUUAUUUUGGUUUGGGUUCGUCCUCUCUGCACUUUCUCAGUCAUACAUUUUCCAUGCAAUGUCGAGAAAAAGGAAGUGAGAAGGGACGCUGAAAGCCCCGUGAAGCUCUACACGGUCCACAGCAUUAUGAGAAGGGGAAGUGUGAACAACAACCAGCAAAGUUCAGCAACAACAAGGCUGGAAGUCAACACACGCAGAUAAUUCUCCCAAAAAGGUCUUAUCAGAGGUGAUCCACCAUGGCUCAAGGCUGCCUCAAGUGUCUCAAAUACACCAUGUGUGUCGCCAACUUCCUCUGUUUUAUUUGCGGCAUCUCGGUGCUGGGCCUGGGCAUCUACAUGAUCCUGACCUUCAAGAUGGCCGCCCUCCUGCCCACACUGGCCAGCUUCAACUUCGCCAACAUACUGGUGAUCACCGGCAUCAUCAUCACCUGUGUCUCCUUCCUCGGGUUCCUGGGAGCUCUGAAGGAGAACCGCUGCCUCCUCCUGACGUUCUUCUUGCUGCUGUUCAUCCUGAUGCUCGUGGAAUUGGCUGCAGCCUGUUUGCUCCUCCUGUACGAAGACUCGAUUGCGGGCUGGGUGGAAGAAGAUCUAAAAAAUGGACUGAAGGACGCAAAAAAAAAUCCUGGAAAUUCAACUUUGACCGAAGCGUGGAAUUUUGUUCAGAAAAACCUGAAGUGUUGUGGAGUCACUAAUUCCUCAGACUGGGGGGCCCACGUGCCUGAGUCAUGCUGCGUCCAAACAUGUACAACGCCUCCCAAAUACUUCACAGAGGGUUGUUUUGGAACGCUGAAGAACUUUUUUGAGGAGAAUUUCUUGAGCACUGGGAUUGCCGUCAUUGUCCUCUGCAUUAUCGAGGUGUUGGGGAUGUGUUUCGCCAUGACGCUCUUCUGCCACAUCAGUCGGUCUGGACUGGGAUACAAAUUAUAGACAAAACUGGGUCCUUUUGUCUUAAAGCAUCACACUGUACAGUCGUUUCUCUUCCAAAUGAUGCAGAACAGAUGCAAAACUGUAAAAAUGACAUGUUACUUGUUCUGAACAAACUAUUAAGGAUGGGAAUUAGUUUGUGAACCUGUUAUUUUUGUCUGUUUGAGCUUUUUUUUUUUUUCCUUCAUAAUCAUAAAAUAUGUUUGUGCAAAAUUGGUCAUGUACCAGAAAAUAAGAUGAAAUGCUUCUCAGAGUGUUUAGCCUUGUGUGAAUAUGAGAUGAAGUGAGUCGUCAGUCCAGUGGUGGAUGAAGUAUUCACAUCCUGUAUUUAACCCAUGAAGACCCAGAGCUACGUUUGGGUCAGCUCCAAAAUGAAUUUUUCCUCCAUAUUUAAUCUUCCUUAAGUGAUUUAUCACCAUUUAUUGUAACAUUACCCUACUUAUUUUGUGU